AUGUUAACAUAUAGACCUGUAGUAACACGCUGUACAAAAUUAUUAACCUCACAAAGAAGGUUCUUUAAUAGUGGGAAAAAGCCUAUCGCAUUUGUUUUCGAUAUCGAUGGAGUUCUAGUCAGAGGUUCAAAGCCAAUUCCGCAAGCAAGACCGGCACUUGAAUUGCUCAAUAAAUCGAAAGUUCCAUACAUUCUCUUGACUAAUGGUGGUGGCUAUACUGAACAGAAGAGAAUUGACUUCUUAUCUAGCAAAAUUGGAAUUCCACUAUCACCUUUACAGUUAGUGCAAUCCCAUACUCCUAUGAAGGCCCUAGUUAAUAAAUACAAGAGAGUGAUGGUAGUGGGUGGCCCAGAUGAUUUACCUCGGAAAUGUGCACAAUAUUAUGGGUUUAAAGAUGUCAUAAUGCCUAUUGAUUUGGUCAGACAAGAUCCCUCCAUUUCGCCUCACCAUAGGUUUACUGAAUUCGAAUUGGAAAACUUUGCAAUCCCACCUUCCCAACUCAACUUAGAUGUGCCAGUUGAAGCAGUAUUGAUGUUCAGCGAUCCACGUGACAUGGGAACGGACAUGCAAGUGAUCUUAGAUCUAUUGAACUCUGAAGGUGGGAAAAUUGGAACCAAGAGAUCCGUUCUUCUGAAAAAUGUAGAAGAUCUUUCAAAGCCAUCUAUCCCUAUGAUCUUCAGCAAUAAUGAUUUCCUCUGGGCAAAUGAUUAUCCGCUUUCAAGGUUUGGCCAAGGUGCAGUUCGUAUGAUGGUAGAGACAUUAUAUGCAGGCAUAAAUAAAGGUGCAAAAUUGGAGUCAACAAUUAUGGGGAAGCCCUUCAAGGUGCUGUAUGAUUAUGCACAUAACGUACUUAUAGAUUGGAAAAAUAAAAUAGAUCAAGGCAAGACUUCCGACCAAGACCAAAUUUUGCCUGAAUUGUAUGCUAGUCCGAGCAACCUGCCGUUUGAAAAAAUAUAUAUGGUUGGUGAUAACCCCGCUUCAGAUAUCAAGGGAGCCAAUGACAACGGUUGGGAGUCAUUGCUACUUAGAACAGGCGUAUUCAAAGACGAAGAUUGGGAAACUGCAGUAGCUCAUCCGACUGCAGGACUCUUUGAUAAUGUGCAUGAUGCCGUCCAGUUUGCAUUAAAUCAAAACGGAUAUAAUACUUGA